AUGGAGCUUGAAAAAACACCUUUUGCGAUUGUUUUUGUUGUGCAGGCUUCCCUGAUAAUUUGUCUCUCUUUGCAGGAGAUUGCUCAACUUGACCUCCUCUGCAAACAGCUAUACGAAGCUACCGAUACCGUGACAAGAAAUGCGGCGGAAAGGGCGCUCUCCACUUUCACAAACUCCCCUGACUGUCUGACCAAGUGUCAAUAUCUUUUGGAGCGCGGGAGUGUAAGUUUUCUCAUAACAUCUUUGCAGCUUACAAUGUAACGGAUAUUUUGUUCACAAAAAAGUGUUUAUUGUUUCAGUUUGUGUACUUCUGGACUAUAGCCUGAUGCCACUAUGCUUGGUUUCGCGCGCGUAAUUAAUUAUAUCUUUAGGGCAUUUUUCCUUGUCUGUUACCUAUCUAAUUCCCGUGCUAAUUAUCACGUGCGUUUUUGCAUACCGCAGAAUAAAAAUCCUAUUUAUUUAAAUGUUUUGGUUUUGAUGUGAAUACUCUUACAGAUUGUCAUCAUUUAAUUUUAUUUGUCAUUUAAGUUUGUUCUUUUUUAUUUGCACGUGCAUGUGCCAUGCUUGACGUAUUAAUUUUUUUUAUUAUUACUCUAGUAAAACAUGACGCCUAGUCGAUUCAAAUGUAAACGUUUCUCGGUAUCUAAACGUCAAUCAGAUUGUAUUUCAUGACAAGAUGAUUGCAGUGCAUUAUGUGUGAAUGCUGUAUUUCCAUCCUAAUGUUGCAAACAGUCAUACUUUCUUUCGUGAAAUUCUGUACUUCUGAUUUGAGAACCUUAUUUUACACUUAAUAAUGAAUACUUUUUGACAUUCAUAAUCAAAAGUAGCAGUAGCCAUGAUCAAAUUUCCCAAGUAGACACUCUGGUGUCACCCUCAGGUGAUGAUGUCAGAAAAGAGACUUUGGAGAUAGACGUUUAGCAAUGAUUGGGAUAGGUAGCACAUAGGAAAUAAUUUUGUGGGCCAUAAUUCUUGGUCGUAUUUUUAGUUACUAGGUAAAGUCUGCACAUUGAGAUUGAAGCUUUCAAAAAUACAACUUAAUGUAUCGAAAACAAAUAAACACAUCUCACAGCACUGCUACUAAACCCCUUACAUUUUAAAAUUCUAUUUUCCAGUCUUCCUAUUCCCAAUUGAUAGCAGCAUCCUCUUUGACAAGACUUAUCAGUAAGAACACAACACUUCCUGUGGAACAAAGACUUGACAUGCGUAAGUUUUUCAGCUUGGUUUUUAGGGAAAGUUGACAAUGAUGGUAGGACAGGGUGGAGUCGAAUUCAGUCUGCAAUCCUGCAGUUUGUUAUGUAUGCAGUUCAUUUGCCAGGAUCAUCUUGUUAUCUUGUCACUUAUAUCUCAUCCACAAAAUCAUAAUAUGAUUACAUUCAAUUGUGAACACAAUCCUUUAAUGAAUAUAUAAUCCUUAAAAAAAAAUACCAACAUGUGGCCUAGCUGGUAGUGACAUUCAACUAGUAUCUGGUAGGCAUGGGUUCCAGCGCCAUGAAAGAGGGAGGGAAAAGGGUAAUGCAUGAUACAGGAUUAAGUGUUUGAAAUUUUCCUGACCAGUGAAAAUACAAAAUUAUAAUCCAGUAAACUGUGAAUUUUUUGUGAGACACAAACCUUUAAGUUGUUUAUCUGAUCUUAUCUCUUAUCUUCAUUAUCACUGUUUUUACUAUUUGAUGUAUGUAAAAUGUAAGAAGGACCCCCCCCCCCUUACCCUAGUCAUCAAAGCCUUAAUCUUUUCAGCCUUCCUUUUCUGAAAUUUCUUUACUCACAGUUCACCAGCAGGAAUCAUUUUAUUACUUGUAAAUUUAAAACUUUCAUUUUCCAGAAAUGAGUUUAAGGGGCUCUAUUUUAUGCUCAGCCAAAUGUUUUAUCUUGAUGCUGAUUUCUGUGAAGGUUGAUAUCAGUGGCUAUUCCAUGAAUUUUUUUUUUAUCAAUAAAUUAUUAAAGUACUUUUACAGAUUUAAAAUAACUCAGAUUGUUUAUGGUGUUUCAGGUAACUAUGUUCUUAAUUACCUUGGAACAAGGCCAAACCUUGCUACUUAUGUCUCACAGUCACUAAUACAGGUGAUUAAAUUUAGAUAAGCUUUGGCUGAAGUAAAUGCUGGGUGUUAAUUAGAUGUCAGUGUUCAGAGAAUUCUCUGGCUACCAUGCAGAAUUCUCUUGCUACUGUGCCGAAUUCUCCCGCUAAAUUUUGAUGGGCAGAGUUACUUUUUUUAUUAAGAUAUGGAGAAUAGCUAGAGGAUAUUACAUGGAUGGGUGUGGAUACAAAUUUUAUCUUUGAUUGUUAAGUCGAAAUUAUCAACAAGAGAAGAUAAUUUGUACCCACUGGCAAAGAUGUAAAGUUCUGUUUAUCCUAUCAAUGCUGAUUGCAUAUUUGACUCAAAGACAAUUUUGAAACAUGUACUGAGAGCAGUGAAUGCUAUGUGCAGAGAUAACUGCACAGUAGUGCUGAAACUCAGCUCAUUGGAAACGGUUUAUGGUCAUUUCGCCCUCAGUCACUUCACUCCAACCAAAAGUCAGUUUGCUCUAUAAUUGAAGUUACUUCGCUCCAUACAAAAGUUACUUUGCUCCAUGUUACAAGUCAGGUGUAUAUAUGCUUACAAGAUUCUAUUUGCCUAACUUAUGUUAUACAAUCUUGACAACAUGUUUGUAAUUGUUCAUUUCACUCGCCCUAAUCUCUCUCUGUCCCCCACACCAUGCUGAUGUUGUUGAUGCACUCAAAAUGCACUCGAAUUUUAAGAAGUGUAUAUAUGCUUACAAGAUUUCAUGUUGUAGUCAUCUGUUUUAUAAAUACCAUCUUGAUGCAUUCAAAAUGUGCUCGAAUUUCAAGAAGUGUAUAUAUGCUUACGAGAUUGUAUGUUAUAGUCAUCUGUUUUAUAAAUACGAUCUUGAAAUGUGCUUGAAUUUCAAGAAGUGUAAAUAUGCUUACAAGAUUGUACAUUAUAGUUGUCUUAUUUACAAAUACGAUCUUGAUGCCAUGCUGAUGUUGUUGAUGCAAAAGUUGCAAAAUGAUAUUUCGUGUUACCAAGUGUAAGCAAACAUAAGUGGAAGCUGCAUUAGUUAAUAAAUCUGAACUGGCAUAAGUUCAAAAUCAGUCCAACUCCAACAUCAAAACAAAAGGUUCACAACAAUAUUUCACUAAUUUCUUACAUGGAGAGAAGUAACUUUUGUAUUGAGGGAAGUGACUUCGAUUAUGGAGUGAACUGACUUUUGGUUGGAGCAAAGUAACUGGGGGCAAAAUGACCAUGGGGCGAAGUGACCGGAUACCACUGAAAAGCUACCACUCUUAACUUCUGACAUAAAACAAAACAAUUUUUCAGAGUUGGUGUGUAAGACCUAUAGCUGUAACUGGCUGGAAAGAUUAUUAAAAGUAAUUUUAUUUGGGUCAUUUUCUGUAGUAUUUUACAAAACUAAUUUUUUCAACUUUUUCAGCUUCCAGCUUUGAGUUUGAAUAUGCUGGAAUGAGAUUGUUAUUGUAUUUAGUAUUUCGUGAUUAAUUUUUAUUUACUGUGUUUCUAAUUUUUUUUUUGCUCCAUUUUUGUCUAGUUUCUUGCCAGGCUGACAAAAUUGAGCUGGUUUGAUGUGCAGAAAAAUGAUUUGGUGUUUAGAACCAUUGUAGAAGAUGUGGGAAAAUUUAUUCAGGUAAUUCACUUGAUUGGUAGCUAUUUCUUAGUGCAUGGAUGCACACAUAGUAGCUGAUUAUGAAGUUCAAGUCAAAAUGAUUUCAAUCCUUUCCAUUUGUUUUCUGCUGUGAUCUAAGGCAGUUAUGAGGAGGAAUUCAUUUUUUUGUCACAUUCCCACCCCACCCCCCCCCUGCCACAACUACAAUCAAGCUUUUACAUGUGGUCUGGUAUCAUUCAACUUUAUUAAAGAAACAUGCUUCAUUUGACAAGUAACUGUAUUUGUUACUUUCUAGGGAUCUGUGGAUCACUGUAUUAUUGGAGUGCAUAUACUGUCACAGUUGGUGUGUGAGAUGAACCAGGUAUGAAUAAUUCAGUAUGUAUAAGUCUGUAAAAAUAUUGGAUCCUCUCUUAGCCCUGAAAGCUAUGCUGUAGAGCCAUCAUGCAGAUAGACACCUUCCUUAUUGUACACCAAUUGCUCUAGUCAGGGGAAAAUUAGCACAGGGUUGAAAAUAACUCUGGAUUUCAUUGUUCUUCUUUCUCUCCAACCUCUUAACCAAUCAGAUGAUAACUGGGAACAUAAUUAUUACCACAAACAAUUAGAGGUUAUUUCUAAUGACUCUGACAAAAAAAAAACAACAACAUUGGCGAUUCCUAACAAAAGGUCAAUAUAAUAAGUUGCAAUUGCACAAGUUUUCAUGGAGCAUUCACUUACCAGGUUAAAGUUAAACUGAAGUAAUUCUGGAUUACCUUUGAUGCUAAGCUGAAAAUCACUCUAAUAGUGACUUGGCCACUCAGGGUGUUGGACAAGAUGAAUUGGUAAAGAGGGGAAGGUUCAGCAGACCUUUAGCAAUAACAAUGAUUAACUUUUCUCUUUUUCUAAGGCUGACUCUACAAGAUCACUCACCAAACACAGAAAGGUUAGUCCAACAUUACUACACUAAUGGCAAUAAUUAUGGUUAUAAUUAUGUUAAUAGAGCUUGUAUAGCACUCUAAGCUGCAACUGUUUUAGUUGUUCUGGUAAGUAAAAUAAACUUUGGUGACUGAGUUUGCAGUCACCAAUUUGGUGACCUGUGUCUGGCAGUCAUGUAGGAGCUGUAUUAAUUAAAACACUACUGGUAAGGGUUUGCAAUCUAAAUUAAGUUUUCUCAAUUUCUUACUUUUUCUCAUCAGUUGUUCAUGUAUUGAACCUUGCAAUAGUACAUGAAUUCCCUCAAUGAUUGCCAGCUGACUCACUUGCCAUUUUGGCAAUUCCAGAUGCAAACCAUGUGCUCAGCAGUAUAUUGGGUUAUGCAACAUUGUGCAAACUUUCUUUUUGGUUUUUUUUUCUUUUUUUGUGGACAAAAAUUUUCUUUCUCCUGGCCAUUUUCUUAAUUUUAGUUUUCCAAAUGAUUUACCAUAAAUUGCAAAUUGAGGGUCAAGUCUGAUAGCAUGUGAUAGACAGGGAAUGUUUCUUAAAAGCAUUAAAAGUAUUGAAAAGAACAAGGGAAGUUUUAUGAAUUGAGUGACUUUAUGAAAAAAACAACAACAAAAGCAGACUCUACAGUUGUAUGUACCUGACAGUAUUAUUCCUCUAAAAAGUAGGGUACAGUACAAGGCUCUUAGCUUUUGACAAGUGAUCUUGAUUCUUUCCUUUUUGUCUGAUAUGUAAGGCAUUUUGUUGUAUAUUUUCAGAUUGCAUCAUCUUUCAGAGAUUUGUCCCUAUUUAACAUCUUCAACCUGUCAAUAAAUAUUUUACGCGAGGUAACAGUUACUCUAUCACCCAUUACAUUUCUUUCUGUUAAGAUAUGACUGUUUAGUUGAACUCUCUUAUUACAAAACAAAAGUGUAUUGUAUCUUGACUUAUUUUUUGAAGGCCUAUAACAAACAGUUGAACUUACAAGAUGGCAGUCAGGUUUGUUUCUUUCAUUGUUUUAUUCAUUGUUUUACCAUUGAUAUCAUCUAUUACGUUUUUGGAGGAAAUGUAAACACAGUGGAGGAUGAUUUGGUGUUACAAGCUCACUAUUGUUCAAAGGGCUCUUGAGGUUGAUAUUUUAUUAGUGGACAGAUAAGGGAGGGGGUGUAAAUGAAACAUUUUUGUUUUUCUUGACUCCCCCUCCACUCCCCCUCCCCUCCUCUUCCCCCUUCCCCUGUUUUUUUUCUUGCUAAUUGUCUCCUUUUAGUUAGAAAAAAUUCCCAAUUGCAUUUUCACACCUGGUAGGCUGAUAUGCUGUCACAUGAUAACAAAAUCAAUCAAUUUUUGAUUAUUUUGUUCUUUCACAAAUUAACAUGUGCUAUAGAUGCAGGCACAUUUUCAUUUUUCAAGGGUGUGCUGUCACAUGAGCUUCAACUGAUUACCAUAAGCUUACAAGUAUCAUUGUUAAUGAUUUGUCAUAAUGUUAUUGUCCCACAGCACAGUCUAAUGAGUUACCUCCUGCAACUCACAUGUAACUGUCUCUCAUUUGAUUUCAUUGGCACUUCCAUGGACGAGUCAUCAGAUGACCUUGGCACAGUCCAAAUACCAACCAGCUGGAGAGGAGGUACAGAGCAGUUGUUUGUUUUUGGCAGUAUGAUAGUUGAUAGAUCAUGUGCAUACACACUUGAACUUUGGACACCCUAGUACUGGAGGUUGUCAUUUUGGGGAGGAAAGAUUUGUCUUUAGUGUUCUUUCUUUUGUUAAUUACUGUCCUUUAGAACUUUGACUUACAAAUCAUUAAUAUUUGGAAUCAACAGUUGAUUUUUCAACAUGUUCUGUAGUGUUAUCCCAUUACCUCUGCCCUCCUUUGAGCCAUUGAAAUAUGGUGCAGGGUAAAUGUAAACACAAUGUACCUUAAUUUAUAACAUGACAGUGAAAAACCACCCCAAUUCCUUGACUGUGUGUGUAGCCUCAUCUGUAAAUAUACUCUUUUUUCUGCCCACUCUGAUUCUUAUUGAAAAUUCUUCUUAAUACCAUAACUACAGAUGACUGUAGAUGGGAGUGAGCAGCAUUAAAAACAAUCUUGUACUAUGUUUUGGUUUUGUUUGACUUGUACUUUUACUGAGUAGCUUUUCCUUACAUUCUCUUAUUUGAAACUCUUGGGUUCAAAUUUAAUGUAAUUCUGUGCUGCCUUUCACCGUUCUGACUUUUGUUUCUUAUCCCCUCAGCAUUCUUAAACUUGGCCACUCUGCAAUUAUUUUUUGAUUUAUACAGAGCUCUCCCAACUUCACUCUCUCCUAUGGUAAGUUAUCUUUUUAUAGGAUGUACAAUGAACUUUUCACAAGAUAUGCAAAACUUUUCUGAGGUAAUUAAAAAAACUGCGUUGAAAUGUUAGAUAUGUAACUGUAAAUGGCUGGCAGUUGGUGGUUUUGAAAUUAUGGACUUUUCCAACAUUUCUGAGAAUUACUGUGUAAUAGCCAGGGCAAUUCUAAUGACAUUUGAGUGACAUCUCCAAAUCAUAAGUAAAUAUAUUGCGUAGAUGUGGCUGUACUAGCAAGUAUGCACAAAAAUAUAGUCUUAUACUAAUUAUUAAGUUAUAUGCUAUUACUUUUAAUUUGUUCGCUAUAGUGACAGCACUAACUGUAAUACAAUCACGAUUAUGAAACUUGCUUAUACACAUAUAAGUACAUACAGAUGUAUAGUCAUGUACUAAGCAAUGUAUUUCAGUUACAAUGAGAGCACUUACUGUUACACAGCCAUACUUGUAAAAUUUGAUUAUAUCUUGCAGGCCCUUUCAUGUUUAGUCCAACUAGCAUCCAUCAGAAGAUCGUUAUUUAACAAUAAUGAGAGAGCGAAGUUUCUAGAACAGUUGGUUCAGGGUGUUAAGGGAAUAUUGGAGUCCCCGCAAGUAUGUUUUUUAGAUGACCAUGAACUUGUAUGUCCUGUAGUAUUUUGUGAAAGUACCGGUAUUAGGUGUUAAAUUUUUUAAUUCCUUACUUUUCUGUGCCUUUCACUGAAAAAUGGUAAAUUUUAGUUCACUGUGUAAAUUCAAAGAAGUUUCUCAGAAAAUUCAGGAUACUUUUAGUUUUUUCUGGCACAAAUGUUUAGGCAAUAAUUUGCUUUGAACAAUAUAUACACCCCCAAAGUGUCUAGCAAAUUACUCUCUGUAAGAAAUUUCCUUUGUGGCAGUUUUGGGAGAAAUUUAUCUCUGUUCAGUGAGAGUCAGCACAUUUUCUUUUACUUCAAAUUUAAGUUAAUUUUAAAAAAAAGGCCGUGAGCAAUAGUAGUGCAUCAAGAAGACCUGUAGCAGAGACCAGACUAAACACCAUCCCUUUUUCAAUGGAUGUAUUUACUAGAAAGAUUCUCUUUGGGUAGUGCACAAGUAAUCAAAAUCAAUGUUCCAGUUUGAAUAAUUUAUUUUAAUUCAGGGAUACUGGAAAAAUUAAGGGCUUACUACUCAAUUUUUUAAUUUUACUGUAGUCUCUUUCCGAUCCAAAUAACUACCAUGAGUUUUGCCGGCUGCUUGCAAGGCUGAAGUCGAAUUAUCAGCUUGGGGAGAUUGUAAAAGUGGAAGGUUACGCUGACUUUAUAGCACUUAUAGCAAAGUUUACAGUGACGAGUUUGCAGGUAAGACGAAACAAUGAAUCAUUCAGUUUAGUAUAAUUAUUUAUGUCGUAGCGUCAGUAGUGUCACUUCCUCUAACCAUGUUUGUCCACAUUGGCACUUUUGGAAUUUUCAAUUAUGUAGUUGUUGUCCUUGUGAAUAAAUUUUUUGAGUUUUGAGAUCUGUUCUGCUUCUUUGAGUGCAAAGUCAAUAUUCUUGUGUGACUGUGUGUCUUAGGAACCAAUAGGAAUAUCGAAAAAGCCUCACACUUGGUUAGCCUAUUGUCUGCUGAGCAAUAACGUUCAAUAUGUGUGGAGGUCCGCAGUAAGACAGAGGCUGGUAAUGCAGUUAAGCAAACAUCGUCAGUUUCUGUUUAAAGUCUUACACACAUCUGUCAAAAACAAAAACUGCAAAAAAUUUUGUUAUUUUCAUAACCCAUAGUUUAUAAGCUGUGAUAUAUAGGUUUCUCUGGUUUCUUCAGAAGUAGCACGCAUAGGGUGAUUUUUCCGGAAGGCACUCCAUUUUGUUGAGAGUAACCUGGGAUGGAAAGGGAUGACUUUCAAGGCCAUAAGUUGCAUGUCAUUCAAAUAGGUAGACGUCAAAGAAUACUCUUCCUGAUGCAUUUUGUGCUUUUUUUUUUUCAGAUGUGGCAGUUUGCUCCUAAUAGUUUACAUUACCUUUUGAGUCUGUGGCAAAGGAUGGUUGCUUCAAUGCCCUAUGUGAAGAACACAGAACCACACCUUCUAGUAACUUAUGCCCCUGAGGUAUUAUCCUCAUACCUAACAGUUUACAGUUUGUAAUCCACAGUAGUCAAAGGAGGCUGUUUACAAAUGGUCUGGUUUAUUUUUGUCUUUUCACUUCUUGUCUAUUGUCAGGUCACCAAAGCUUAUGUCACGUCACGGAUGGCUUCUGUUGAAGUUGUUAUUAGGUAAGGUAGGAGAUUGUACAAAGUGCUUUUCAAGUGAGUGAUGUAAAACCAAAACCAAAGUAAGUACAACAGCCAAUCAGAAGUAAGGAAAAUACCCUCAAGAGCCAAUGAAAAAUCAAAGUAAAAUUAACCAAACUGUCUGAAGCAGAAUGGUGAAGAGAUGCAAGAAAAAUAUAAGAUAGGAGGUGUUCUUUGAUUUAACACCAAAUUCUCAGAGUUGAAAGUAUGAACAGUAUAUGGGAGACAUUGUUGAGAAUUCAGUUUUAGAUCUCUAUUCUCACAAAGAAUUGGUUUGUUUCUUAGGGAUAGUGCUGAAGAUCCACUGGAUGAUUCAGGCACAGUUCAACAGCAGCUGGACCAGGUAACGUGACUGUCUUAUACAGUAUAAAAAUACUGCAAAACUACAACUUACCUUCUGGCUAGCUUCAGUCAUAAAGGGAAAGAGAUUCUGAUCUCAGAUGAAAAUGUGUACACAGGGAUUGCCUUAUAGAUGUCAAUCCACUGUGUUAGCAAAGGUUUCAUUCCGAAAUUUAUUGACAAUUUUUUGGGCACUGUUACUUAUUAAUGCAAAUUUCUAAAGACAAGUGACAAUUUUUCCUGGCCUGCAGAUAGCGGAUGCUAGUCUAGGCGGCCAGUUAGUAAAAAAUCUAAUUACAAAAAACUUAUACUUAUAGAACUGCAAAAUACAUUACAAUUCAUUAAAAUGGAUGAUAUUUUAUUUGCAGCUUUCUAUAUUUGGGAGAUGCGAUUACGAGAAAACUUGUCAGUUGCUAAUUUCACUGUUUGACCAAUCAGCUCAGCGAUAUCAAGAACUAAUACAAAACAAUUCUGCUUCAACCACGGACCUGGCCAUUGAGGAAGGUAUCAACCGAUGGGUGACAACAUAACUGGAAACAGUAUUACAAUAUUUUAUGCGUGAUUUUAAUUAACAUGUAAAACUGGCGCCAACGUUUUAAUUCAAUAGAUGCAAAACUGCCCUUCGCGCGCAGUUUGCUUCUUUUAGUUUUAGUUCUGGGUGGCUCUACAGUGUAUAGAGUACUAAUGAAGACAUGUGCAAGUAAGAUGUCUUAUGGUAAUGUAGCUGAUGAGGUCGUGUGAAAGUAAGGGUAGAGUAAAUGACUGUGAAUAUAUGAAAAUCAUAAAAUCAUUUAUGUGAACUGCUGAUAAAGACGUGAAUAUGAAAGCGACCUUCUGCACCGGUAUCUCAGAGGUCUUGGGUUCAUGGGUUCAAAUCCCGUAUAGGCCUGAAUUUUUUACAGGCCUCAUUUUUACUACUGCUCAAGUAGUGUUCAACAUUGCGGAGGUCGCUUUCAUAUUCAUGAGAGAAGGGUGUUUCGUGAAACGCACGAGAAAUUUGUAAAUUUUAUAUUUUAAACCAAGUAUGUGACUAUUAAAUAAGUUAUUGGAAGUUAUUUUGCGUCGUAAUUUUGCUUUGUAUCGGUAGUUAAUAAAGUGUCUUUUUAACUUAACUGUGAGUACGAAAGUUCCUUUUGAGAAUUUUUGUUUUGAUUAGCUUUCAUGAUUAGUUAGGUCUCGGUCCGACGACACAUUGUCGAAAAUCCCGCCAUAAACCAUUAUGAACCUUUGCCUUUGUUCUCCAGGUCGCCUUACAUGGCUUGUGUACAUUAUUGGCUCUGUUAUUGGAGGUAGAGUGUCUUAUGCAACAGUAGAUGAGUAUGACGCACUGGAUGGUGAGCUUGUGUGUAGGUAAGUAGGCUGCUGCUCAGUUGUUGCUAUUAUCGUUGUCAUGUUGUUCUAGUUAACAUCCUACUCAAUGCUCCAGUAGGUAGGCAAUGUUUUGUUAAUAGUGGAAAACUUAAGUCUAAGUUGAACUGAAUGGAAAAUUCCGUCAGGGUUUUUGUCAUCGAUGGAACACACAAGUAGAGAUUAUAUACUUUACUUGUUGUAUUCUAUUAUAACAGAGACCUAAUUCUUUGAAACGGAAUCAAGGUGAAAGCUUCAUUUUGGUACACUGUAUUUUGUAACAAAGAUUAUUGUCAUGUGCAUUGUAGUUUUUCGAUGCAGGUAAUUUUUAUUUAAUGAUUCAAUGGGCUUGACCUUAUAUUUUUUUUUCAACACCAGGCUUUUGGCUGGUUAAGCGUUAUUUGUCAUUGGGCAAAGAAAUCGUGAAUGUUAGGCAUGAAGAAAGUUAUAAUCGCUACUAUUAUUAUUUUAAUUAUUAUUAUUGCAAUUUCUUGUCCUAUUGUGCAAAACGCAGAGAUAGAGAUUAGAAAGCUUAAGAGAGGUAUUUCAAGUGAGGACUGAAUUAUUUGCAAACAGUAUAACAAUUUUUAAUUAGAUAAAUUUUUAAGUAACAAUGAUAGCAAUUAUUAUAGGAAGAGUAACAGGAGUAAUAGUUGAUUGUGUACUCUCUUUGUUUGGCUUAAUGUAUUCCUGAAAACGAUGGUUUGAAGGUGACAUUAUUGACUGACAUUUCGACGAAAAAGUCCAUUUUUUUCGUCUUCUCUCGAAUGUUGUCGCUUCGCAGCUCUACCAUGGAGCCACAGAAAUUCUCUGUGGUGAACUUAGCCUUUUUAAGGUUCAUAUGUCAGUGACAUGCGCACAGCAUACUUCUGUGAUCGGUAAUUCGAAAGCGUUAUGUGCGUAAACAGAAAAAGAGAUCAGUAAAUUUUGAGCUCGGUAAUGAAACAGAGAAAGAUGUUUUGCGACGUUUUGUCGAAUCUGAUUCCCCAUGAGUGGUCGAUCCUCAAUCAUUCGGACGACCAGCCCCGAAGUCUUCACUUAACUCUCAGGACAAUUUCCUGCUUGUCAGGAUGUCGAAAUGAUAGUCACUGGUAUUGGCAAAUGUCAUUUUCAGGCAGGACUCCCCUCACCCGAAUGAUUAUUGUAUACAGAGCUUUUUUUUUUCCUUGCUUUUGUUGUUUUUUAUAAGGGUAUUGCAGCUGAUGAAUCUUACAGAUUCUCAGCUUUCUCAACGAGGAAGUGAGAAGUUAGAGCUGGCCAUUCUGAGUUUCUUUGAACAGUUUCGGAAGAUGUACGUUGGAGAUCAAGCACAGAAGACAUCUAAGGUGAAAAAGAAAUGAGUUUCCUUACACUCAAGGCACUCGAAAGACACCUCACUGUGUUAUAAAUUCAAAAGGAUCACUUCAUCACGUCUGACAUAACCAUGUUCUUUAAGAGAGUAUGUUUCUUUAUGUAAAGACUUGGUUUUUACGAUUUUAAGUGUAUGUAAAUCCAUGAUUAACUCAAACUUUUCAUAGCUUAAAGUAAAAUACGUCAUAGUUGAGCUGAGUUUUCAAAAAGGAAUCAAAACUCUUUAGGCAAGAAAAUUUUGAUCAAGCCUGGUGCGGUCACCAAGUAACUUUUGUUCUCUUCUAACAAACAGGUUUAUAGGCGACUUUCAGAGAGACUUGGCCUUCACGAUGAAUCAAACGUUCUGAGUGUCUUUAUGGGGAAAAUGUAAGCGGCUUUUGUUGUUUUUGUUGUUGUUGUUGUUGUUGUUUUUUUUUUAAAUUCUCAUUUCCACUCUCCUCCCUUCCAGCGAACUUUGCUUCGCACUCGUUAGUGUGGACCUUUGGUGGGUCGUUCCAAGCUUUUCGCUUGUGUGGGUAGAAAUUAAACCCUUAGUGAUCACAAUGGCCACCGAGAUGUCUUAUCUUGUUUUUAGAAUCACGAACAUGAAGUUCUGGGGCACCAGUGAAGCCAUCAUCUCUAAAACCUUGCAGCUUCUGAGUGAUCUAUCCGUUGGAUAUCCUUUUUAGCGUUGUCUACCAAUUCAAGUUUAUACAACUUAACAAUAAGGUUAUAAGCUCGAGAUUUCUAUCGCUUGAUAACUGAUAGGAGUGAUACCCCAAUCAACUAUCGUGCACAGAAAAAGAGAGUGAAUAACAAACUAUGUUAGUACGGAUCUUCUAGUUGUUAGCAACAAGAAAGGCUCGUGUUUUUGUUGAAUAAUGAUUAAAAUAAGAUCACGCUACGUGCUACUCUCUUUACUCAUCAUCCUUUACAGAAUAGAUAUAACAAUCGUGAUACCCAGUUUCAAUAUCAAGCAAACUUGAUUGGUUAUCUUUAUGAGGGUUUCUUUUACAGACCUUUAGUUUCUCAGAGCUGUUGAAGUCAGCUGGUAAUAUUGAUAAAACGGAAAUCUUGCCAGCGAAGUUCAAACAAAUUUUUAUUUGGUGUUAAAAGUAAGAGCGAGUCUUGAGUCAGUCAUUUGAAUCAGGGCACAUCUGUGAAACUUUCCAUGCCUUCGUGAUGUUAGUGUUCUUGAGUUAUUGUUUUUUUUUCGCAGGUUUAUGCAUUGCAAAAGCAGUUAGCGCAGCGUUUUCAUUUUCAAGUUAUUAUAAAGAAGUAGCUGUGCUUUAACGUGUUUUAUAAUUAUGCCUUAACAUGACGUAACUAUAGCAGCGCUCGCAAAUUGGUGAAGUUGGAAGCUGUACAGUUUGUGCUCAACAAUCAUACGGUACGUUUGUUUUAUGUUGUGAGUUUUAGUCUGACUCAUACAGACCAGUCCUUUUUUCUGACUUAAUUCCUCUUAUUUACUGAAGCUGAUGUAAUUAAAAACAAAUCUUUUGUCGGAAAUUACUUUGAUUACAGCUAGGAAAGUCAUGAAAAUAAACUUGUUCUCUCUGUUUUCCCUUCCAGAGUGAGCACUUUCCAUUUCUGGGAUCGCACGCUUCUCGAGCGUACAAAGACAUGCGCAGUAGAACCACAUUUUAUGUUGCCCUUGGCAGAUUGUUGAUGGUAGACUUAGGCGAAGAUGAGGAGAAAUUCGAAUCAUUCAUGUCUCCGAUUACAAGUAAGAAUUGAUUUUGUUGUUACAGUGAAACAAAUGCGAUAAAAGUGCACAUAAAUCCACCCAUCCUGUGGUGACAUUACCAACAAAUAGGUAAAGUUAUAAAGGACACCCACGUUUUGCGGGAAACGCUGCAAGACACUCUCGAUCGCGCUGUUCCCUUUUAAGAUUCCUAGUACAAUAACCAACGGCAUAAUGAACUAGACGAGAUCUCGCGCAAAUUUUGGCAGAUUGUUAUCUUCUCAAUCUCGUUAUCUGCCACAUCACUAUUUAUUUUUCUUCUUAUUCAAUUCAUUUUUUUUUUAAUUUUCAGCCACCAUGGACUCAGUAGCGAGUCAUUUGGUUUCUGUUGGAAACAAUGCUUUCCAACAAGAGGAGACGAAGGUAUUUUCGUUUUUUUGAUAUGUUCUGUUAAGAAACCCAUUUGCACCUAAGCCCUGUUUCCAAGUUUGAUUACCGUAUUCAAAAUUGUUGGAAACUGUUCUUGAUGAGAGUGAUGUACACCACUUCAGUAGUAGUGAAAGUAGAGCCUUAAAAAACUGUUUAGUUAAUCUGAACGCCACGAGCAUGAUAUUCAGUUUUGAUCGCAUGGUGUAAUGUAGUUACCUGGCCGAGGGUAGCCCUGAAAAGGACGGCUGUUUGCCAAAAGAAAAUCGUUAUCGUUGUCGAAUCAACGGUUGUUUGUCUGUGUUUUGUCAUAAGUCUGGUUUUCGAAUAGUUAUGGUAGUGUUCCUUUUGCAGCGUACCUUGGUUGGUCUCUGUCGAGAUAUACGCGGACUCGCUUUUGCGUUCAACAGCAAGUCCAGUUAUAUGAUGCUCUUUGAUUGGAUGUAUCCUUUAUAUUGUAUUGGUUACUGCGAUUUUCAGUUGAGUGAGGCGCGGGAAGUUUGGCGUUAAAAUCGUGUUGUUGUCACGGGUAACUGGCUCCGUUUCCAGGGGCAACGUGUCGGCAGGCUCUCAUGUUUGACAGUUGGCGACGCACACCUCUUGAGAUUCGGUUACCACUGUAAACGAGGAAAGGGGGAAGGUUACCCGUGACGACACCGUAAUUAUCGGUCAAAACCCGGUCACCAAACUUUUUCUGCGUCUCACUCAACUGAUAAUUAACAACUAUUCACCGAAGUGAAGGUGGCUUGGUGGCACUGAGGUGAAUACUUCUCUUAGUUUGUACUAAAAAAGUGAUUUUAACUCAUUUAUUCCCGCAACAAUUAGAAUAUUUCGGGCGCAAAUCCCCAGCGAGUUACUCGGUGAAUGGCACUGUUUUAGGUUAUAGUAGCCAUGACUAGUCCAACGAAACGUCAGCACAGGUUCCAUUUCAGAAGAAUAACCUUAACUAUCUCAAGCUAUCCCACAUACACGUCUGUUCUCCUGCGUGCGAUCGAAUGGUGGUAUCACGAUCCUAACGUGUCCACACCAGUGUUAAAACUCAUGGCUGAACUUGUGCAGAACCGUUCACAGAGAUUACACUUCGAUGUUUCCUCGCCAAAUGGAAUCCUACUUUUUAGAGUGACCAGUGAAAUGAUCGUAGCUUACGGUAAUUUAUUCUGUAUCUUUUACUGAUUUCCUGUUCUCAAGGAACUUUUAGUGACAGGAAGUAGUAAGGAAACGUCCCAAUGAAGGAGAAAGAUUUACUGAUUCUGUUUAAACAACCUCACCUUACUUUGAUGAAAGUAAUAACUCGUCCUUAGGCUCGAUCUUUCAUCUUUAAUGAGAUGGUUGACUUCUAUCGAAACUCUCACCUCAGUGGAGAGAACAUUUCUGUGCUUUAUUCAAAGAAUAAUUUCGUAUUUGUACUGUGUUUAGUCUAAUGAGUUUCUUCAGUGCACAUUCGGUUCAAUGUUGUCGAGCAGUCCCCAACAUUUCAAUGUUUUGGUGUUAAACUUUUUGUAAUGCCAUCGAUUAUUGAAAGAAAACCAUUCAUUUUUAGGGACACGAAUCCUUACUUUAACAGACACGCCAGAGGACCAGAUGUAUAAAUUAAAGUAUCCUUUGAUGCGUCGAUAAUUUAAGUCCCUUAAAUUAAACUGUGAUUAGAUUACGUACCAAGUUGAACCACAGUAGGACGUCUUGGUCAGCCAUAAUGCACAGUAUAAAGUCCGUUUAAUGAAAGCAUCGUAUGUAGAUAAUAAGGAAGACAGCAACAUCCUAAUGCCAGGGGUUCACUCAGAUUUGUCUUUGUCCUACGCUUGUGAGAAAAGUAAUAACUACUUUCUUGAUUCGACGACCGAGCACACAAUUUACUAUCUAUUUUACUCGAAACGCCUCCCACAUCGCUGAUCCUUAAAGUAAGUAGGACGCCAGUGAUAUGUGUACCUAUUGAAUUGCCCAGCUUUUUACUUACGAAAUUCGCAAGGCAUGACUUGUAAAACGCAGGCUUUUUGAUCUGUACUGGCGUAAGGAAUCAGUAGAUCAAUUGGAUUGGGGGGGGGGAGUUAGGGGAAAGGGGGUCAGUUGUUUGUAACCAUAACGGUUCGAGGCUAAAAUUAAUUAUAGGGAAUUUCUUAUUUCACAUGGUAGGAUAUUUUUGUACCAGUAUAGGGGAUGAGUAGGGCAAUGUGGCUCAUUAGUUUGUAACCCUAAUGUUUUGCUUUCUACUUAUCCCUCUUGGACACUUUCCAUAACAAUUGGCUUUUCUGAGUGUUCCUUGCUAAUGACAUACUGUGAACUUUCUUUUUUUAAUCGGUCUCUUUACUCUUAACUGAGUAGACGUGACUUAAAGCUAGAACUUUAGUCAUACGCGAAACUGUCAUGGCUUAGUGUAAAAUUAUCAUUUCCAGAAGCUUAUGAAGAUGAGUCAUGGGAAAUUCUUAAUUUUCAUCUUUGUCCGUUAGGGUAUAUCUUUAAACUAAGUGCCCGGUAGUGCGGUGGUUGAUACUUCCCUUUGAACCCUGAAGUGCAGAGAGUUAUACUUACUAUUGAUUGCCAUAUUCAGGUUAAAACAAAAACAAAACAACAAAGACAAUGUAACACUGGAAAACUUAAUCCGCCAUCUAACUCACUUAGCCAAGAGAAAGUGUUUCUUUCAUCCCUAACUAUCCUGCAGACUCAAAGGAAUCUCGAUUUGCUUUUCCAUUUUAAAGGCUGCCUUGUGUGGCGGUUAUGUUAACUUUGGUGUGUUUGGUUUGUACGGUGACAAUGCUUUGGAGAAAGCGUUGAAAACGUUCGUAGAACUGUUAUCUUCAAUUCCUCACAGCAAUUUACUGGUACGUUGUCUUACUGAAUUGUUGUUUGAUGUACUUACUGAAUAUCAUCUUAUAUGUAGCUUGUAUCAGGAAAUACUUCCACAAAACUAAGAACGAAAUAUUCAGGGUACACAAACAAUGGCGUAGCUCCUAUGAAAACCAUUCAGGCCCUUCAAUGCGUUUUGUUCUCCAUAAAAUGAUACUGCCAGCGUAGUAACACAGUUUUCUCUUACAGGAAUAUCCUAAACUGAGUCAAUCAUAUUAUGCUCUGCUGGAGAUUCUAACGCAGGAUCACAUGAAUUUUCUUAGUAGUCUUGAACCUCGAGUAAGUAGUCCUCCAUUAGGUUUCGCAAGUUUUUUUUUAAUAACAGGCAGAGUAAAUGGUGAGCAAUUUUCCGUUGACUGAGAAGUAAUCCGAAAUUUCACUAAUUUUGCACCAUUACGCUCUGCAGUUGGUUCAAAAAACUCGCACCACCCUCUCGACCAAUAUCAGAUGCAACACAAAUCGUGACGUGGUAAUCCGCGUUUCUCCGCACUUUACGCAGCUGAUAUCUUUUCACCCAAUUUUCUAGUCGGUUCCCCUUGACAUAUUAUCCCCUGUUCUGAUUGGACGCGUUGUGAUUCAUUUGGUUUACGACUCAAAAUACGUUUUAAUCGAUUUUAAGGCGCCCUUAGUCGGGCAUACCCUGUAUGAUAACAUCUCACGGAAUUUGUUAUGCAAACUAGAUUUGAAAGUGAUUUAUGCCGCGAAUUUAAAACGAUUCUUUAUUCAUUUUACAGGUAUUUAUGUAUAUAUUAUCCUCCAUAUUGGAGGGCCUUACAGCUUUAGGUGAGGAAGUGCUUUUUGUUGUUACUGAAGUACACGUAGUGUAUCCAGUUUUUGCGUGUGCUAUGAUUAGUUUAAAAAAUGCUCAACGCCGUAAUGUAUUCAAUUCUGUUUUGGAAUGCGACGUUCUGACUGCACCUGCCAGCACCUUUCAGGUAAUGAGGUGGACUGGCAACGCGUCUCCUUACGAAACAUUAUAAUCGACUGUGAUUGACCCGUUCUUAUCAGCUGUGAUGGGUACAUGGAACAAGUGUGUGCUCAGCGUUUCGCUUUCGUAAGACUCCCCAUUUGUUAUGUCUUGAUUGUGGGGAUCCAUGCGUCAGGGAAUUUUAUUCCACUGAUGCUUUUGAUGUUGAUUGGGUAGGAUCCUAUGUGAGUCACGCGCGCAAUUGACUACAUCGUGAGACAAACGAUUAUAUUUCAUUAGCGCAUUCACCUCCACAGAUCACUAGAAUCCAUGAGUUGACUAUGUUUUCGUUUUUCUUGCAAGACAUUAUGGUCUGCACAGGAUGUUGCGGCACACUAGACUUCAUAGUGACUCACUUGUACAAAACGCUAUCCAAGAGACGGAAGAAAAACUUAACUGGUAUGGAACCGCAACCACCAUGUUUACGAAUAUUAGAGUCCCACCCGGAAAUGAUCCAACAGGUCAGUUGAACUAAGUGUUCUCGUUUUCUUACUUGAUUUCGGUUCUUCUUAAAAAGAAGCGGGAAAGAAGUGGAUAAUGGGUGGGUGACAGUUUUUUCGUCAGAAGGGAAGACCGUACAAUUUAAAAAAGAUUCAGAAAUUAAGCCACCAUAAUCAUACAAAGAUGUGAUGAUAUGACGGGAGCCACAACCUUUUUUUAGUCCUUCUGCAGGAGGAUCACCUGUACAUUUACUGUAUAUUUAACAAAGGAUUUUUUUUUAGUUUACUUUUUGUAUACUGCUAAAACAUUUUCGAUCAAACACUAAAAACUGUUGAGGUUCAAUACAGAUAAUCAGAGGAUUGUCGUUGAAUUGUAGGGCGAUUUCAAGUAGACGGCCAUGACAUUUCAAAAGGUGGUUUAGUCUUAUUUUAUUUUGUUUUCUAUUCCCCAGCCAAAAAUCUCAAAUCUCUUUUCCCCUUACUAAAAUAAAGGCAAGGCCCUCAGACUAGAAUUCCACAGGAGAGGGUAUGUUGACGGUGACCGCAGCUCGUGUUUGUUGGUUUGAUUAUUAUUAUUUUUUUACUUUAGAUGCUGUCGACAGUAUUGAACAUUGUCAUGUUUGAAGAUUGCAAAAACCAGGUAAUUAUAACAUCUGUUAUAACCUUUGCACAUCGUUCUCUCGGCGUGCUUUCGGCUGGCAACUCUGGACGUUGAAACAUCACAGCGAAAUUAAUUUCUUUUCUCCCUUUGCAGUGGUCAAUGUCCAGGCCCCUCCUCGGCCUUAUUCUGCUUAACGAGAAGGUAAGAUAAAAGUCUGAGGUGCCGGGUUUUUUUUGUCAAGCGAGCGUUCGUAAACUUAAGCCGCCAUCUUAGAUUUUUAAAUAGAAGAAAGCUGGGAAAAGAAACAGGUCACUUCCAAGAGAGUGGACGACAGGGAAGAGGAAAGCAGCGAUUAGGGGGAAGGGGGAAAAAAUACGCAUUCCCGGAGAGUUUCUGAAACAGAGCCUAUGAUUGGUGUGGCGUAUUUUCCCUGUUGUGUUGCUUAUUAAUCGCCUGCCAAUUUCACAGAGGUUGCCUGUGGAAAAGUUUAUCAAAGGUGAAAUUUAUUAGUUCUUUUUUCCACUGUUUGUGGAAAUAUCUGAAGCGGAACGUAUCAGGAGGUGCUCUCAUUAAGAAGCCUUUCCGGGUGGUUGAGUGCUCGGUUUUGCCCGACCCUCGCUCUCCCCGUCUUCUCUUUCACUAAAUCAAAGAUGACGGCUCAAUGAACGAUCGCGAGCUAGAGAAAAAGUGAGAAUUCUUUUUGAUUGCUCACUCACUGUAUCCGAUUGCCUUUCAUUACGAGUGCCUCUCUGUUCUUAAAGCAAAAGGGAAGUCAUCUUCUUUUCAUCAUUUAUUUUCACUCUGUCGUUUUCAGUUAUUCCUCUACCUUGAAUCCUUUCAAUUUUGUCUUUUUAAAUGUGACCUGAAAUUAAUACAUAUUCCAAUAAACUUUUUGAAAAAUUCAAAAGGAUUGGUAUCGUUUCGUGCUUUAACCUUGUUGAUUCGACCAGAUCUUCAAGGCCCGUGGUGUUUUGAGCCUCACUCAAGCUUGUUAUGUUUUUCAAGAGUGGUCAGUCUCAAAAUGCUCCUUUCUUACCAGGCAGACAGGUAUAAAUACGGUGUGACAAUGAUCUAAGAGCGGUCCGAUCGCAUGUAGGGAUGCCACUAUAGUCAGUCUUGGUCCCAAGGACUUACGAUUCGACACCGUGUUUCUAAUGCAACUUUACACCGGUAAAAAAAACGUUUGUGGUUAUUUCAGUAUUUUCAAGAGCUACAGCGGAAUGUUAUCGCGAUGCAGCCGCCGGAGAAACAAGAAGAUAUGGCGCAGUGUUUUAGAAAUCUUAUGGACGGGGUAGAACCAUCGCUCAUCACCAAAAACAGGGACAGGUCAGUACUUUCGAGAACAACAAUCCGUACGUCCGUACGAUGAGUUGGUAAUAUGGAAUGACUUCGUUGAAACUUCGCGUGAAAUAAGUGUGUUGAAUGAAAAAAGUAGAUUAAAUUUCGUUAUUUGAUACAGGUUCACCCAAAACUUAUCAAUAUUCAGACGGGAAGUGAACAACUCACUGAAGGCUUCAAGCAAUGGAGGAGGCACAGCAGGCAAAGUGGAUGGAGGGGUGGAUAUGGUGGCGUGAUUACAACUUUUGCGGACCGACCAACCGGUCGAUAAGUUGAUCACCACUUUCGGGAUAAUCAUUAGGAAAGCGCGGUAGGAAGGAAGAGAUCGGGAUCAAUCGCAUCCAAUGGAGACGCGGUAGUCAGGACUUGUGUUUGUUUCCUGAAGGGACCAAGUAAUUACGCAGAGAAAACAAUAGCUAGAACACUAUAUUGCUCCAUCACGAGCCGCUGGCCUCGUAGAGCGUUUGAUGCAAACGGUGUCCUGUAAUAGAACAUUUAUUGCUCUGCCAGGUAGCGCGCAGUUAAAAAAGGGAAGACGAAAGGAUAGCCAAGCUUUUCUUGACACAGAAGAGUAACUCAAAAUAGAAUCGUAUGUUUGAUUGAAAUACGUAGUGCAUACUGUUUAGAAAAAUUAGCUUCUGUAAUGGAAUUUUUUCCUCUUAAUUCGACUCAGUAAAACUCAGAAAUCUUUACCGCACCCCACUGGGGAAGACAAGCAUGCGCGUUUCCUGGAUCUGCCUUUAUUUCGUCUCUCGUAAAGACUGGAUGAAAUUUGAUCAUUUCGACGUGGCUUUUCCCAGAGAGAUGUAAAGGUUUGCUUGCAAAAUUGUGCCUGUACUUCAGUAAAUUAGGAUUAAAUAAAUGUCUCCCUUAAGUAUUUUCUAGGAAAUAAAGUAUAUCAGAA